GCAGUUUUAGUACACACAUUCGAACCGUGAAACAUACAUGCAAUAAGGCUGUAUGUUGACAUUCCUGUGCUUUAGUUGGUAACUAGAGUGCCUGGACACUUUUACAAGAAAUCGUGCCAGCCCGAAUAGGAUUGCAAAGGGUACCAAAGAUACAUACAAUAUGGUUGAUGUACAGAAUUUGGCAAAAACAGAGGGGAAUAGCUAUGUAAAUAUGGCUGAUAUAGAUAACCAUACUAAAGGUGAUAAAAAUGGCUGUAGUAUGGAAUCUGCACACAGUACUGAUAUGUCUGCAGCAGUGUGCGCAGUAGCUCAGGUCGGGGACUGGACUAAAGAAGGCGUAUCCCUCAAUGAUACACAACCUGUAUUAUCUUCAAGCGUAUGCACCGAUAUAGGAUCCUCGAUAGCCACACUAUCUGCGAGUGAAGAUAUAGUGUCAGAUCUAGAUAGCUGUCAAUCAAAGAUCUCUCUGGCGUGCAUGGCCCUCGAACGACGGCAGUCGCGUGAGCUGUUACGACCUUUUAUUCUCACGGAAGACAUAUCUGUCGACUUCGAUGAGCAGCCGCUGUACUUUGACGGACUACUAGACG